AUGGAAAGUGACUCGGAAACAAAUUCAACAAGCGACAAUAAUUUUGAUGCCAGAAAAUAUCAGGAGGUUUAUUAUGGAGCCGAUCCAAAAACUCAGCAAGCAGAUGUAGAGUCAAAAUUUGUCCUUGAAUUCCUGCAUGACAUAUUUGCUUCAGGUCACGUAGCAGGAGGCAGUUUGAUAGAAAUUGGUGCUGGACCCGUGUUAUAUCAUAUUGUAUCUGCGUCAGAACGAUUUAACACCAUCUACCUGACUGAUUAUUAUGAAGAAAGUUUACAUAAAAUAGAUAAAUGUCUGCAAGGGAAAAAAGAUGCUUUUGAGUGGACACCAUAUUUGAAAUAUAUAUGUAACUUGGAGGGCAACACGUCCACUCCUAAAGAAAAAAUGGAAAAGAUGAAAAGGAAUAUUAAACUAAUGAAGUAUGAUGUCACACUGGCUAAUCCGCUACAACCAAACACAGUUCCCCAAGCAGACUGUGUCAUAGUCGUGGGAUGCCUCAUAUGUGCUUGUAAAACCCCCGAUGAUUUCCAAAAUGCUUUAAAUAACAUUUCAUCCUUAGUAAAACCAGAGGGGUAUCUGAUUAUUGUUGACUACCUGGGUGCCUCCUAUUACCUGAUAGGUCAAACGAGGCUGAAUGUUCUCUCACUUGACGAGAACGCGGUCAGACAACAUGUAACAGACGCUGGAUUUUCCAUAGAGGAGUUUAAGGUUGGGAACAAAUUUGGCAUUCAUCGUGAGGUUUUUGAUUGUAAAGAGGUCUUCUGUCUCCUCGCUAAGAAGUGAAAAGAUACAUCUUUAUUGUUGGAAUUCUUCCAGACAGAGUUGCUGCCUCUGUUGAAUAAGUACAGCUACAGGAAUGUUUUCCAAUGAGCUGUGUUUGUCAGUGAGAUGUAGUAAUUUGAUAAACAUGAGACACCAUGUCUUAUGCUGGAGCAGUGUAUCCUCUCUCUGAAGAGAUCUGUAC